CUUGGGCUACCUCGAAUCUCUUCUAUAAAUUCAGUAUCACACCCUCUAUUCUCCUUGUCCCUCCCAAAGGCACAUUCUAUUGAAAGCCAUACAUUUUCCACAUACUACAGUCUUAUCGAAAGCCAAAGAUGGCAAAGAUUUUCACUACCCUGUUUAUGUUAUCCCUUGUUCUCUGCUCCACGACUCUCACCUAUGCUGCUCGUCCAGACCCAAAAUCGAACAUAGAUGAAACCACAUCCCAAAAUGAGGCUGCGGCGGCACGUAAUAGUCUUGAAGCAUUGAUUGAGAGCUGUCACAUGCAUGGACUUUCAGAGGAUGAGUGCUUAGAGAGGAAGACCCUGGCUGCCCAUCUCGAUUAUAUCUAUACCCAGAAGGACAAGCCAUGAUCCAUGAAAAUUAAUUAUGUAAUACUUGUACAGUUUAUGUGAUGCUAAUUAUCACUACUAAUAAUAUGACAUUCUCUCCUCCUUUUGGAUGAGUGAUACUCUCA